CAAGUUAACCUGAAAUCACGAGAUAAAAAAGGAAACAAAGGAAACCUAAUCUAUUAGCAUGGCCAGGCAAAGAAUGAUUACAAUUGAGCCGUCAAAGAAGAAAAAGGGAGGAAUUGUGAAGCUCAAGAAUGUUGUAGAGAGAUUGGUGCAGAUCAAAGGCUUUUCCUCGGCAAAGAAACCGUGUUCUGUAGAAUACGGUCGUGAUUCUGUCCCAAAAGAUGUGAAGGAAGGUCAUUUCGCGGUGAUAGCCGUCGAUGGGUAUCAUGAGCCUACACAGAGAUUCGUUGUCCCGUUGAUGUUUCUGGAACAUCCUAUGUUCCGUAAGCUUCUAGAACGAGCAGAGGAGGAAUACGGGUUCGACCACCACGGAGCCCUGAUGGUACCUUGCCAACCAAGCCACCUCCAGAUGAUAUUGACCGAGCAAUGGAGUUAAAAUUAUGCCGUAGUUAUUACUGAUUUACUUGAUAUUACAAAAUAAAACCGUAUUGUUCACUAGAGGGACUCUUGUGAUUUAUAACAGAUAUUUCACUUAAGAUUUUAGCUAUGAUAUGGGGCAUCUAAUGAAAAAUAUAUUCACACACUUCAAACUUGCAACACGAGCACUUAAAGGCAAACACAAAUUUUAGUUUUAGUCCA